GGUUGCCAUGAUCUUUGUAGAAGUGAUCAGUUAUUAAAACUUUUCCUGCUGCCUUUCAGGAUUUAUUUGGUGUGAGCAUGGUUGUUCCUUUAAUGAACCUUCAUAUCAAAUCUCUAGGAGCAAGUCAUACAGUUGCUGGAAUAAUAGGGUCUCUCUAUGGUAUACUGCAACUAUUUUCCAGCACAUUUGUGGGCUGCUGGAGUGAUAUAGUAGGAAGACGGUAUUCCCUGCUUGCUUGUAUUCUUCUCAGUGCACUAGGUUACUUCCUUCUUGGAACGUCCACCACUGUGUUCCUGUUUGCCAUUUCUAGAGUCCCUGUAGGUAUUUUCAAACACACACUCUCCAUCUCUAAAGCUCUGCUUUCUGACUUGGUUUCUGAGAGAGACCGCCCCUUAGUAAUGGGGCGCUUCAAUGCAGCUUCUAGCGUGGGCUUCAUUCUGGGGCCUGUCGUUGGUGGCUACCUUACCGAGUUGGAAGGUGGCUUUUAUCAAACAUCUUUCAUCUGUGCCUCUAUCUUCGUUCUGAAUGCUGGUCUUGUCUGGAUGUUACCCUGGAGUGAAGGAAGCACUGGCAAUAGAGAACAUCAACAAGGCAACAAAGGAACAGACACUUGCUCAGAAAAAGCAAAUCGUGACCUCCACUUGAAAUCAGCAACUAAUGGAGCUAUGGCAAGCGAUAGUCUUUUCCGGUCUUCGUGGAUCCAAGUUGCAACAGUGCUGAAGAGGAUUAAAGGAAUUGCGUGCUCUGAUCUGUGGGAUAUAUUUUUAGUGCGGUUGCUGAUGUCAGUUGCUAUACUGCUGUACUAUAGUAACUUUAGUCUGGCCUUGGAGGAGAGAUUUGGGAUGAAACCCUUGUUCGCUGGAUACCUAAUGAGCUAUAGCAGUGCGCUUGGAGUCCUGGCUGGUUGUCUGCUUGGACCAAUAACGAGACUCUAUCAGCACAACACUUACAGAAUUCUGUUGCACUCCAGCACUCUUACCUGCACGUUGAUUCUCCUGUAUGCAUCAGCACCGAGCAUAUGGAUGGUCAUUUUGUCUUCCACAUUCUUAGCCUUUUCAACUACUAUAGGUCGUACUUGUAUCAUUGAUCUUGAAUUGACCAUUGGUGGGAAUGAGGCCAGCGGUACGCUCCUAGGCGUUGGACAGUCUGUGACAUCAGUGGGACGUAUAAUUGCCCCGCUCCUUUCUGGAAUUGCUCAGGAGUUCAGUCCUUGUGGCCCUCCGAGUCUAGGCGUUGGACUAGCUUUAGUAGCUAUUCUGAUCAUGAAUGCAAACAAACAAAAAUACUGUAGCCAUGGAAAUGUUAAGUUAAAAAAUCAAUAGCUGCAAAUUUGGAUUGCAUAUCUUACAGGAGAGGCAAAGCACCUCAACCUGGCGUGAUGCUUACACCUGCCAGACUUGUACAGUAGUAACAAUGCUGCAGGGAUGUUAACUCUAGAGAGACGUUGUUCUAACUGGUACCACUAGAAUACUUGUGAGAGGGACAGGUGUUGCUGUAUUGUACUGGCUGGGAUUUUUUUACGGAUUUUUAACCUUUUUGGAGGGGGAAAAAAAAGUGAUACGAAAUACACAAAUCCUGCUUGUAGCUCACAUUUGAAGUGGUGUUUGAUAGAUUGCUAAAAGACAGAAAUUAAUUCUUAUUAUUUAAUCAGAGGUGAAUUUUUAUUAUUUAAUCGGAAGGAGAACUUGCAAUAUAGCUCAUCAGCCUAAAUUUCUUAGGCUGUGGUCUGCUGCCAUUUGUCUGCUGUGACAGUAGCUUAAUUAACAGAGUGUUUGCUUAUGUGAUUUUGUUAAGCAUACUUUGUCUACAAAACUUGCUGAACAGCAUGAUUAGGCACCUUGGGGUAGCCAUCCGACCCCUGCUGAUUCCUGGUCUUUCCCAGGUAACAGAACCGGGUAUAUGCUAACUUCGUGUAUUAGAAGGCCUAAAAUGGAUAAUUAUAGAAUAAGACGGGGUCAUUCAGACUUGAAACUGAGACUGAAUGUAAGCUUUAUUGAAACUUGAUCUGGUGGUUUCUGUUUAGUAGUAACUUCUCCUGAGCAACUUUGUCAUAAAUUAUAUUAAUAUUUCCUGUGCAGUUUUUUCUAACUUCAUUUUAAGAAUAAAUUUGCUUCUUAAUUCUUUUGAAUGACUGCAAAGGUGUGCUGGAGCAACUAGCAGUAGUUCACAGAUCUGAAUUAAUGCAUUCUCUCGUCUCUGGAGGCAUAAGUGACAUUUCAGUGAUGAGAAAAGCUCUUGUCUUGGUAUUUUAGUCUUCAUUUGCCUGCGCUACUUAACUAAUGAGAGGUUACUCUCAGAGCUAUACUGAGAGUUGUAGCACUCUCCUCUGCUAUUUACUGUUCAAGCUCAUAUUACUUGCCAGUCACCACUGUUUGCAUUUCAUUUGAAACGUACAAAAAAAUGUAUUUUGCACUGAUAAAGUUCCAUAUGCUUUUCCUAGUAUUACUGGAUGAAAGUACACAGUCACCUAUGUAUAAUAAUUGGGUUUGGUUUUUUUUUUUUUAUUAAAAACAAUUUAGUUACCUCCUUGAACACACCCAUGUGGUGUUGCUGCUUUAGGAGAAUCCCAGAUGGUGUUUUGCAUUUCUUUUUCUCCUUUACUUUUUCCAGUGCCUGCUAUCAUGUAAGUCCUUGUUGAAACCUUAGUGAUUCCAGUGGCAGCACCAUGGGGAUACAUAUAGAACUCUGAGUUGUUUUAAUUUUAUGUAUUGACAUAAUGAGUGUGUGUCUUACUCCUUCUGUGAUUUCACUACCUAUCGUCAGAGUUCAUACUGUAAUUAUCUGAGUUUAAUUUGUCUCUAGAAACUUGAGGGGUUUUCAAGUGUCUUAUCUCCUCUUGUCUUGCUUGGUAGAUGCCCCAAAACAUUCAUGUCCUAAGUUUCCUAUUUGCUUUCUUUCCAUCUUUUAAAGAUUAUUUUUAGGUUUUUUACCUAAAACCACCCUUCUGUAAGUCAGGGACUUCUGUUUUGCAACUGUAGCAAGAGGUGAAGGAAAAAAAAGUAGGGAAAAAAAACCUCAAAAAAUAAUAUACAUGAAAAUUUUAGUAGUUAUACUUGUUGGUUAUAUGAGGUAACAGAUAACAUUUACCCUUCUAAGUUGCUGCACUGAUUGAAGCUGGAUUCUGUCAACACCAUAAAAUUCAGUUUAUAUUAACGUAUACAGCUGCCUGAAUAUUGCUUUUCUGCUUAUAAAAACAUCAAAACUUCACUGUUUUUGUUUAUACAUAAGUGAAAAAUGUGCUUUCCACAAUCAGCAAAUACUCCUUGUUUAUUUUGAAAAAAAAAUGAAAUUAAAUCAUUGAAUUGAGAAAUCUGUGGACAGCUGCGGUCUCAGGGACAUGUUGCAACUGAUGUUACAGAAGAAAAGUUUUUUUACUUGUAGGCCACAAUGAUUUCUGAAGUGCUGCAGAAACACUUCUUCUUUGUAAAGGCUGUUACAGAAAAGUUGCCCUAUUUUUUUGGUUUUGUUUUUUUCUUUUCUUUUAAGGAAUAGAAAUAAAAUGUGUGACAUUCCACAUCUAUCAUUUCAUUGCUGUGUUUUUCCCCUCUGUAGCUGAAACUAUAGCACAAAAUAGAGGUGUUCAAGUCAAUACGAAGUACAGAUGUUUUAUCUUUUUCUUCAAGCUGUUCCUUACAAUGAUCAUUUGAAUCUGCUUGCUUUUCACAUAAAAGGCACAGGACCCAAGGGUUCAACCAAGAAGUGGCUUGACAGUGAAUGAAAAAGAAGAAAUAAAAGAAAAAAGAGAACUUACCAGUUUAGAGAUGGAGUGCCUAAAGGUACUGUUUCUAGUGCCUGGGGGCCGUGUUUGGAUCCCCUGUGUUGUCUCUCAGUUGCCAUAACCAUGCAAGUUCAGGGAGUGAUGAGUAAAUGACAUCCCUGGAGAUGAGGAGAUGCGACUCCCCCUUUUAAGUUGAGGGAGGAGCAGUUGCAGCUAUUUUUGGCUUCAGUCUAGUGGACUUUACUGAAUUACUCAGCAGUUUCUUGAAUCCAAUUGUGGUAUCUGAAGACUGUAACAAAACAGAUCUGAAUAUGGACUAAAGAAAAAUUUCUACCUGCAAAUUAAGAUUUGUCUCUUGCUUGCUGUUACUUUAGUUUUGGGUUGGUUUUCUUGGGCUUGUAGGCACAGUUUGGUUUUGGGUUGUUGGGGGUUUUUUUGCUUUUUACCUUUUGAAAUUUUCACUUUUUUAACAGUGACUGCUUUUCUGACUGUUACGAUCAGCUGAUGUUGAAGAGGCUGUGUAUACAG